GGUAGAAGAAGAAGAAGAAGAAGAAGAAGCCAUCUCAACUGUCGUCAUUUUGGAAUCAACAACCGAUCACUCAGCAGAAUGACAGAGCAAUCGGCAAUGUCGGGGAUGUCCUCCAUGUCCUCCAUGUCGGGGAUGUCGGGGAUAUCCGGGACCGAUGCCACCGGAGCAGGAGGAGACGACGAGCAGAGCGGAAAAUUCUGAUCGCUGCUGCCGUCGGAUGCCUUCUGCUCAUCGCCACCGUAUUUCUCCUGGCAACUAUACUUAGCAGCUCGGACAGUCAACAAAGCGGCUCCAACGAUAGCGGCGACGACGACAACGAACAGUACCAAGACGGAUAUCAACCAGCACCCCCAACAACCACAACUACCACUACAACGACAACAACCACCACUACAACAACGACAACUACGCACCUUCCCUACUUCAUUCUAAUGUGCACCGUGGGUCAACGUUUCACGAAACCAGACGCUUACCAGUCUCUGGGAUGUGAUUACUUCAUUUUCGACAGCGUCAUCCCAACAGCUACUGGACUCUCCUCAUCUGAGGAUGAGCACGCCUGGAAGUUGUUCAAAAGCGUGUCCUGGACCCAACAACCAAAGCCGGAGUUUGGCAUUUCGUUUCCGGGAAGAUAUGCCACAGACCUGCCAACGGCUCUCUCGAGCUCAGUUACCAACGAACUGAAGCAGCUGUUCGCCAAAGGGUACAGGUCCUUCGGGGUCCUCAACUGCCACGGAACGGUGUCCUUCCUUUCCGGAACGACGGGAACCAAGUUCGGAGAGCUGUUUAACACAAUCUUCAACGCCAUGACUGCAGCUCAAAGGGAUGCUGGCCUGAAGACCUUCUUCAUUGGACUGCAAGCGUCAUAUGGAGUUACAACGCUAAGCGACAACCUCAUGCAUGACGUCAUCGCUAUAAGGCACCUGAACCUGCUCAUUAUGCAGAGCCACAUCGUACCACUGCCCCCUCUUACCGCCAGCAACUGUCACAUCUACCCUAGUAGCUCGUGGUCGCAGGCUUCCAUCGUGAACGACUCUUACUCUUCUGUGGAACGGGCCUCCGCCUUGCUCUAUCAUGCACCAAGCACCAGGCAUCUCCAGGCGUUUGCCAUUUCCUUCUCUAUGGCUGUGAAUAUGUUCGCCAUCUCCUCGAGUCCGUCCUUUACUAAUACAAGGUUCCGAGAUAGCUGUAUCACCAGCGCAGUUACCAGCCUCAACGACAUCUGCCUCUUACCGACAGCGAAUGUCGUUAUCCAGACAAACAGCACUGAGUCUGUCCAGCGUGGGUAUGUGACCGGAAAGCGAUUCGUCUUCUCCUACAGUACAGCGGAGAACAUGGCUGAAUUGUACAACAAAUCUAAGCCAGCAAGAAGUUGGGCAUUCUGCUGGCGGACAUCCAGUUCGAUUACACAUACCGCUGUUCUGGUGGCCCGCUGACAAGAGUGAAAUAUAUGAGGGACUUUCUCAACAAUCUACGUCGCACUACGACGCCCUGAAAGUGUUGUGGGGCUCUUUUGUCGUUGGGAGCAGCUUGUGGGCAAGCAAUAAAAAGGUGGUUGGUGUGCA